CAACGUUAGGUGCCAUGGUCGGCGAUCCCAUCCAACCGCACGCGAUUGUGGAGACUUGUCCACUGGUUCAGCCGAACCGUAGAAGGAAAAAAUAUCCCAAAAUCAGUCAAUAAGCUAGUAUUCAUUUGUGGACGAAGACAGAAGACAGCCCAGCGCCGCUACUCACUAGUAGACUAUUCUCUCUUCUACCUCUCAGGCGGCCAGGCCCAGCACCCCGCUCACCAGCAAAAAUUUCCAGAUAUUGUGCUUCCAUGCCUCCAAGCUGCUGCUGGUUCGUCUGGGCAUGGUGGCUACCGCUGAUUCUCGCCGUCGGAGCGGCUGAUCAGCAGGUACAAGGCUGCUCCGGCUUGGUGAAGAGAUGCGGCAACCUCACCAUCUCCGAUCCGUUCUGGGUCGUCAACUCCAAGACGGGAAGAUCAUGUGGUUCGCGGGACUUCGUGAUCACCUGCCUUAACAGCAUCCCACUCCUACCAAGCACCAUACCUCUAAGCGACGGAUUCCAGAUCAUCGACAUCUCUUACGAGGAAGAAAGGAUGCGUGUCGUCGACCUGGACAAGCUGAGACUGUUGCCGCCCUCCAACAGCUGCAACGAGAGGAUCUGGAACAUCUCCGAGAGGCUGUCACAACGGUUCAGGCCCGACCCCAUCAGCCUGAAUCUGAUCAUGUACAACUGCACCAAUGCGUCCACGGCGGCGGUGUCGGCGGCACGACAGGGCGGAGAGCUGGUGGAGAUGAAGAUGAGUUGCGGGAGCGAGAGCAGCGAGUUUGUCAGAAUCGGAGGGAGUUUCAACGCUUCAGAGAGCUAUGAGGGCUACUAUGUGGAAGGAUGCAUCUCCAGCUCCCUGCCGGUUCUGGGGACGUCCGGCAAGGCAAAUGCGAGCGACUACGAGAAGCUCAUCAGCGAUGGCUUCGUCCUGAGAUGGGAUCCUCCUCCUCCUGCUAGUGGUAGCAAGAGGACUGGCAAGAAGAUAAUACUAAUAGUUUUGACAUCGGCAUCUGUGGCCUUGCUCAUUCCAUGCAUUUAUGUGCUGAUAUGGCAUAGAAAGGGGAAAAGACUAUGGUUUCUCCUCUGCAAAAAGACCAGCAGCAGCACUGAAAGGAAUUACGAAGCCAUGAUAGUAUCUUAUGGAUCCCUAGCUCCAAAAAGAUACACGUACUCAGAGGUAAUGAAGCUAACGUCUUCUCGCAGUGAUCAGCUUGGAAAAGGUGGUUAUGGUGUGGUUUUCAAAGGAAGACUAGAUGACGGUCGCCUGGUUGCUGUGAAAUUCUUGCAUGAGUGCAAAGGAAAUGGGGACGAUUUUGUGAAUGAGGUUAUGAGCAUUGGCAGAACCUCUCAUGUUAAUAUUGUUAACUUAUUUGGGUUUUGUUUGGAGGGAUCAAAAAGAGCACUUAUAUAUGAGUACAUGCCCAAUGGCUCCUUGGAUAAGUACAUAUACUCAGAAAAUCCCAAAGAAAUUUUAGGAUGGGAGAGGCUCUAUGCGAUAGCAAUUGGGAUUGCUCGGGGCCUGGAAUACUUGCACCAUAGUUGUAAUACACGGAUUGUUCAUUUCGAUAUCAAGCCUCAAAAUAUCCUUCUAGACAAGGAUUUUAGCCCAAAGAUUGCUGACUUUGGUCUAGCUAAAUUGAGUCAUGCAAAGGAGAGCCAGCUUUCGAUGACUGGUGCUAGAGGGACGAUUGGGUACAUCGCUCCAGAAGUUCACUCCCGGGCGUUUGGAGUUGCUUCGACAAAGUCAGAUGUUUACAGUUAUGGAAUGAUGUUGUUAGAGAUGGUUGGCGGCAGGAAAAAUGUGAAUGCGAUGGCUGAAAAAUCUAGCGAACAAUAUUUCCCAGACUGGAUUUAUGACCACUUUGCACAAGAUGACAGACUGCAAGCAUGUGAUGUCACAAGUGAAAUUGAGGAAAAGGCAAGAAAGAUGACCUUCAUUGGUUUGUGGUGCAUACAAAUACUACCUAUUUAUCGCCCUACUAUGGCCAAAGUUCUAGAAAUGUUCGAGAGAAGCUUAGAUGAAAUGAAGAUGCCACCAAAGCAAAACUUUUCUGAACCAAUUGAAGAUCCACCUUACAAUAUGAGUGCACAAAGUGCAAGUUCCACCACUCGUGAAGAAAUAAGCUUUGCGAGUUCAGAAAACCUUCAGUACUUGCCAAGUCUUUGAGAAGGAUGGUUCUAUAUAGUAGAUUCAGAAAUUGUACAAAAGCAAUGAAACUCAACACUGUAUCGUAAUUUUUUUUCCAUGUAUCUAAGGACUAGACUAAGUGUGAAUCUACGGAUAAAUAUAUCAUUAAAGUUCCAUUUAUAAUGUCCAAGUUGGAGGAAUAUUACUU